AUGGGCAAGUGUAAGGAUUUGAGCAAGUUUGACAAGGGCCAAAUUGUGCUGGCUAGACAACUGAGUCAGCGCAUCUCCAUCGCCGAAAGUGUGCAGAAAAUAGGACCUGCCAAAAUAUCUGCCAGAAGAUCUCCCAGAAGAUCUGUCAGUAAAACUGAAAAAACGCUGCCAGAAGAUGAGCAUCAUGUUGUUGGGGGACAUCCUGUUAUAGAUAAUGUAUGGCCCUGGCAGGUCUCCAUUCAGACACCGAGAGGUAAGCUCAUCUGUGGUGGUUCCCUGAUAGAUAAAAACUGGGUCCUCACUGCUGCCCACUGUUCAGUAAGGCCUAGAUAUCACAAAGUUGUCCUUGGACAGAAUGAACUUGGCUAUAAUGAUGAAUUUGUUCAAAUCAGAAAAAUUGCAAAGGUCAUCACCCAUCCUGACUACAACAAACAGACCACGCACAACAAUGAUAUUGCACUACUGAAAUUGUCCAGUCCAGCACGGAUGACGUCCCGUAUCUCUCCUAUAUGUCUGCCUAGCUCCUUUCCCAGCAUCAACCCCGGGACUCUUUGUGUCACCACUGGCUGGGGCGUAACUGCAAAUGAAUUGAAUCCUCGAGUCCUGCAGGAGGCCACUAUCCCAAUAGUGAGUCAGGAUCGGUGUAGGCAGGUUUGGGAUAUGAACAGUAUCACAGACACCAUGAUCUGUGCUGGAGCCUCUGGAGCCUCGUCUUGUCAGGGUGAUUCUGGUGGUCCUCUGAUGUGUCAGAGUUCAGGUGUUUGGUACCAAGUGGGCAUCGUUUCCUGGGGUGACGAAGACUGUGUCCUUGACAGUCCAGUCAUCUACACCCGUGUCUCUUACUUUCAAACAUGGAUCAGUGAAAUUAUUACAUCCAACUAGAGCACCAGCUUGAGUCUUCUUCUGUGUCUGAAUAUUUAUUCAUUAGUCCAGUGAUCAAACUGUGUCUUUAUAAUCAAUGUUACGUUAUUGCU